UCCACUAAUUGAUAUUCCCCGCUGCAAGCCGCGGCACAUUCCGCUGGGGGAACCGUGUCCUUCCGCUGCAUAUAGAUCCGACUGAGCAGAAGGCAGAUCGGCGGUGAGUCAGUCAGGCUGCUGACAAACAACGAGGCUGCGCCCCGACUUCCUCCUCUCUUCUUUCUCUUUAUUUCCUCCUUCUGCUCAGGAGAUCAGUUCACCUGGAUUUAAAAAACAUAAAGAAACCAAACAAACAAGAAAAACCUCCGCAACCCGAUGUGAAAAGGGGGCAACAACAACAAAAAUAAAGAGGGUGAAAAGAAGAGAAAACUGCACAACAAUGGGAGCGUUCAGGGUGCUGCUGGGGAGUUUACACUACCUGGGACUCUAUGUGCAACUUAGUGUCUCCACGAGGCAAGCUGGACACCGGGAGAUGGAGAACCACGUCUCUGGGAACGCCAUGUUCACGGAGGUGCCUCAUGACAUGACGGCUCAAAGAGGUCAGGACGUGGAGAUGGCCUGUUCCUUCAGAGGAGCAGGAACUCCGUCAUACUCACUGGAGAUCCAGUGGUGGUACAUCAGGAACCACCUGGACUGGACGGACCGACAACCUUGGACCACUAAUGAGGUGGCUCCGGAGGAGGAGACGCCAAAAGAUGCCACAAAGAUAAGCGUCGUGAAGGUCGUAGGAAGCAACAUCUCCCAUAAGCUCCGCCUCUCUCGAGUGAAGCCCACUGACGAGGGCACCUACGAGUGCCGCGUGAUCGACUUCAGCGACGACGCCGGCGCCCGCCACCACCGCGUCAGGGCGUACCUGCAGGUCGUGCCGGAGAGCCACGCCCUCGACGCCAGACAUGGCGGCGGCGGCAACAACUUCGACGCCGCGGACGACACCAAGCGGGAAUUUGUAGACGGGGAGUCGCACGGCGGCACCAGAGAGCACGAUCACCACCAGAACCACGAGCACCACCCGGAGCAAGGCAAGCGGCCCUCGUCAGCCGUCCACCACGGACACAGC